AUGGGUGAAGAAGAAAGUCCACAAAUUACCAGAAGAACCACAAGAGCAUCCUCUUCCAACCCCAAUUUGAACAGUGCAGCUGAAACAGUACUUCAUAAUUGCAAUUCCCAACCUCUAACACACAAUGACCUCGUAUAUGGAGAUGAACCCAUAAGCUUUGAUGAUUUGAUUUGUAGUUUUCCUGGUAGGCGAAUUCAAAUCCUUGAAUUACUGCAGCUCUUGGGUCCCUUGAAUUCUCCAGUGAUUCCUUUAUUUAUUUAUGGAGGGGCAUGCAGAGGGAAAACAAGCACAGUUCUUCAGAUUUUCAGACACCUGAAUCGACCAUUUGUGUAUUCGAGUUGUCUUACCUGUUACAGUCCUCGAAUAUUAUUCGAGUCUAUCUUGAACCAACUCUUGCUUCAUAGGAAACAUGAAGGCAAUGGUUAUUCAAGUGCAAAGCGCUGUGAAAGGCCUUCUGAAUUUGUUAAUUUAUUAAGGGAAGCAUUGGGAAAUAUAAUUAAUAGUCUGAAGGGGAAUAUGGGAAAAUCUAACUCAAAGAAGCUAGUGGGACAAGCGAAAGGGCAGAUUAUCUAUUUGAUAUUCGAUAAUUUGGAGCUUGUUCGGGACUGGGAAAAGAGUUCUAAUAUAUUGCCUUUUCUGUUUAUGCUCUAUGAUAUUAUGAAGAUGCCUGAGGUGGGUCUCAUUUUUAUAAGUAACACCUCGCCGGACACAUAUUACUUCAACACAGGGUAUACAGAGCCUGUCCCUCUUUAUUUUCCUGAAUACACAGAAGAUGAUCUUCGCCAAAUCUUGAUGAGAAAUCAAUGCAACCCAAAACUUUAUUCCUCAUUUCUCGAUGUGCUACUGAGGCCUUUCUCUCGAAUUACAAGACGUGUUGAUGAAUUAUCUACUGCCUUUCCAGCAUUAUAUAAAAAAUAUUGUGAACCAUUGAGUGACUUGGGCAUUUUUCCUAAUGAAAAAAUGAAAAGAAUGUUGUUUAGUCAUCUUCAGCCACAUAUUGCGCCUUCCCUGAAUGAGAUUUUUAGGGUUGAAGCUGGACAUAACAAGGACAAAGCCAAGGGAAAGGGCAAUGCAAGGAAAGCGGGAGUUUCUGAAGCCUCUGAUGAGGUAGAGUUUCAUAUGUCCACUUCUGCAAAGUAUCUUCUUAUAUCUGCAUUCCUUGCUUCGAGAAACCCUGCUACUCUUGAUGCCUCUCUGUUUGAUUCUACUGGGGGUUCUGAUAAUCGAAAAAGAAAGAGGAAGAGCUCUGUAAAAUCGGUGGAGCAGAAGGAAACUGCAGAACAAGAGUUACUAAUGAAGGGACCUGGAACUUUCCCAUUGGAAAGGUUAUUAGCCAUAUAUCAGUGUCUCACAUCUGUUGAAGAGUGUUCGUUUGAUGAAGAACAGGGAACUGAUGGCUUAGGAUGUGAAAAUGGAGAUAGUGGAUUGAUGUCCGACAUUCUUUUGCAACUAUCCAGUCUCUGCAGCGCUAAUUUUAUGAGCAAAGGAGGAAGUUGUCCAUUGGAGGGCUCAACUCGGUACCGAUGCACAGUGAGUGAAGAUAUGGCUUUGAAGGUAGCAAGGAGCCUGAAGUUUCCUUUGUCAAACUGGCUAGUCUUCCUAUUAUCCAGGGGCAAGUUUGCUUACACUGUUUUAGAGAGCGUGUUCUGCAAUAUUCAGAGCUAUGCUGUCACUGCCUAUCUGAUAUGGUUCACCUUCAUCUCACGGCCAUUGAAGGGUCCACGAGUCUGGCCAUUAUUGGGUAGCUUACCGGGCUUGAUCGAGAACGCCGAUCGAAUGCACGAGUGGAUCACCGAUAAUCUCCGCGCGUGUGGUGGCACGUAUCAGACAUGCAUAUGUGCCAUACCCUUCUUGGCUCGGAAGCAAGGUCUUGUGACUGUCACAUGUGACCCGAAGAAUCUGGAGCAUAUCUUGAAGAUCCGGUUCGAAAAUUAUCCCAAGGGUCCAACAUGGCAAGCUGUGUUUCAUGAUCUUCUUGGCCAAGGGAUCUUCAACUCUGAUGGUGACACGUGGCUGUUCCAGAGGAAGACGGCUGCUCUCGAGUUUACAACCCGGACGCUACGCCAAGCCAUGGCUCGGUGGGUGAACCGCGCCAUUAAGCUCAGAUUCUGCCCCAUUUUGAAAACGGCUCAGCUCCAAGCUGAGCCAGUCGAUCUACAAGACCUCUUACUCCGGCUGACUUUUGACAACAUAUGCGGCUUGGCGUUUGGGAAGGAUCCACAGACGCUCACGCCGGGGCUGCCAGAGAACAGAUUCUCGGCUGCUUUUGACCGAGCCACGGAAGCGACACUGCAGCGGUUUAUAUUCCCAGAAGUUAUAUGGAAGCUUAAGAAAUGGCUUCGGCUCAGUAUGGAAGUCAGCUUGAGCCGAAGCCUAGUACACGUGGACGAGUAUUUGUCUUGCGUCAUCAACACACGUAAGCUUGAGUUGAUGAGUCGGCAAAAAGAUGGCAACCCACAUGAUGAUUUGCUCUCUAGGUUCAUGAAGAAGAAAGAAUCAUAUUCGGACAAAUUUUUACAACACGUGGCACUCAACUUCAUCUUAGCUGGACGUGACACAUCAUCAGUCGCGCUUAGUUGGUUCUUCUGGUUGGUCACCCAAAACCCAAUAGUUGAAGAGAAAAUAUUGCAUGAAAUAUGCACCGUUCUAAUGGAGACCCGUGGCGAGAAUUUAUCAUCAUGGGUUGAUGAGCCCUUGGAGUUUGAAGAAGUUGACCGUUUGAUAUACCUGAAAGCUGCAUUGACGGAAACUCUCCGACUAUACCCUUCCGUGCCGGAGGACUCGAAGCAUGUUGUGGCCGACGACAUGUUGCCGGACGGCACAUUUGUUCCGGCGGGGUCAUCGGUUACAUACUCUAUAUACUCGGCGGGUAGAAUGAAGUCUACAUGGGGUGAGGAUUGUGUGGAGUUUUGGCCGGAGAGGUGGUUAUCUCCUGACCGGAAGCGAUUUGUGAUGCAUGAUUCUUACAAGUUUGUUGCGUUCAAUGCCGGUCCGAGGAUAUGUUUGGGAAAAGACCUGGCUUAUCUACAAAUGAAGUCGAUAGCUGCGGCGGUUUUGCUGCGGUACCGGCUCAAGGUGGUGCCGGGCCACCAAGUGGAGCAAAAGAUGUCAUUGACGUUGUUCAUGAAGUAUGGGCUUAAGGUUAACUUGCAUCCAAGGGAUCUAAUGGCGGUUGUGACAAGUAUUAUGGAGGAGAGAGAGGGUGGGUUGCAUGGGGAAGAGUCUCGGAUCACCGUUAGAUGUAACGGUAGGUGUGAUACACUUAAUGAGAGUAGCGGUGGCGUUGGAGUUGAUGUGGUUGGUGGCGUUCUUUAAAGCUGUUUAAAUUUUAAGUUGGUGGGAUAGGCCCCCACCAUUAUUGAGUUUUGUUCACCCGUCGGCUGGAUUUUAUGUUAUGGAAGGGGGUGGGGCAGGCAAUCCUCACAUGGCCGCUGUGACUUUGUUUCCUCUCAAAUUACAAGGUACAUUUCAUUCAUUGUGACACACGGAUAAAGUUGGAUGCAAAAUGGAGAGUUUGAGAAGGAGGUUCCCUGCUGAAAAAAAACUGUCUCAACUUUGGUGGAGUUAAGAGCAGCACAUCUUGGUGAUGCAGCUCAAAAGUGGAAGGAGAAGACAAAAGGCCAAAUGCAAUGAGAAGGGAAAUUUCCAUUGUAAACGUUAAAAAGUUAAGUAUGUCUAUUGCGUUAGUUUGAACCAAACCUAGUAAAAUUUGAGCAAUGUAUAAGUUUGAAUGUUUAUGGAAG